AUGGCGCAAAAUGCUCAAGCUUCACCCGUGACUAAUAUAAGCGGACAAACACAGGCGAGCCAGGCAGGUCAGUACGAUGGCAGUCCACAACUAACACAGAUACCAUUUCCGUACAUGAUGAACACGCCCAAUUUUUAUGGACAGGGGUUUAUACCCCCGGCAACGCCAUCGCCGCCACCAAGCUCGGACAUUUUAUCAUCAAUUUUGGAAAGGUUAAAUUCUGUUGACAAAAAACUUUCACAACUUGACCAAAUUCAUCAAACAGUGUCGGGCAUAGUUUCGAGAAUAGACAAAAUAGAGCAACGAAUGAAUAGCUUUGAAACCCGAAUGAAAGAGUUAGAAAAAUCGUGUGAUUUCAGUGGGAACAUGAUAGAAAACAUAACAAAAAAACAGAGUGAAUUCGACUCAACUCUAAAAUCCACGAGUAACUUGCAAAGUCGUGAGGAUUCAGUGAUCCAGCACGAACAUAAAUUACAGGCUGAAAUAACGGACCUCAAGUGCAGGAGUAUGCGAGACAAUUUGUUGUUUUUCAAGAUACCUGAGGAGCAAGAAGAACAGUGCGACAAAAAAAUCUUGGAAUUCAUCGAAACAAAGCUUCACGUGCAAAACGCCCAAACCGAAAUCAAGUUGCACAGGGCACAUCGGAUAGGCCGAUACCAGCCAAAUAAAGUGCGGCCAAUUGUUGCGAAAUUCGCAUACUACCCGGACAAGGAGAGGGUUCGCAGGGAGUCAAAGGAACUAAAAGGUACCCCUUUCGGAAUAUCCGAGCAAUAUCCACAGGAAGUUAUGGAGGCCCGACGAAGGCUAGUACCCAUCAUGAAAAAGGCAAGAUCCGAGGGUAAGGAGGCGUAUCUCAGGAUUGACAAACUGUAUAUUAACAAGCAAGUGUAUAAAGAAUAG